GUUUUAGUGCGCUGCUGUCGUCGUUGCGGUUGGCGCGUUGCGUUGAACAACACAAAAAUUUUCGGUUUUUUUUCUCAUUUGAUUUAAUUUUUGUUUUCGGCUUCGUGUUAAACAAUUAGCUGAAGGAGCUAGCCUCUCCGCGUGUGUGUGUUCCUGGCCUUUUUUAGUCAGGACAACAACCCAAACAAACAAACACGAAAAAAGUCUAACGAAAAGGAAGAGGAAGCCGAAGAAGCAGCAGCAAUAGCAGCACCAGCCGUUGAGCGCAAAAAGGAAAACAAAAAAAUAACUGUAUUAGAAGUUAUUUAUAGACUAACAAAGCGCGUUUGACUGGCUUCCGCAUUUAAUUAGCCUUCAAGCACGACGCCCCUGCCCCAGACCCAGUCCCCGUCCCAGCCCCUGUCUCCCGUUCCACAACCAUUUCGUACCAUGGAACAGCUGUGCUAUGUCGUGCUCAGCUGCCUAUUGGCCAUCGUCUUGCUGUACGGCCUGCUGGAGCUACAUUAUUUCCUGCGCAUGUGUCUCUGCGUGCUGCUGGCGCGCUUCAUCAAGCGUCGCUGCCACAUCCUGGAGACGACCAGCGUGAACGGCCUCUGCUUGAGCAACGAUGUGGAUACGCUGCUUUAUCACAUGAAUAAUGCGCGUUAUUUUCGGGAGUUGGAUUUCGCACGCGUCGAUUUCUACGAGCGCACGAAGCUCUACAGCACGAUCAGACGCUUGGGCGGCUCAGUGUUUCAGGGCGCGGCGACCAUACGCUAUCGUCGCUUCAUACGACCCUUUCAUCGUUUCACCAUUGAGUCCAGGAUCAUCUACUGGGAUGAGCAGUCGCUGUUCAUGGAGCAUCGGUUUUUGCGUCCCGCCGAUCAGUUUGUCCACUGCAUCGUCAUCUGCCGGCAGCGUGUGAUCGAUGUGCCCAUGGACACGGUGAUGGCUGAGCUGCUGGCCAAGACGCCGCUGCAGGCGUCCAGGCAUACGCUCAGCUCAACCGCCAGCCUGCAGCCGGCGGGCAUGGGCAGUGCCACGCCCAUGCCGCAAACAGCCGCCGAAGCGGGCCAGGCCGAGAACGGGCAUGUGGCGACGGCAGCGGGCGCCACGGCAGCGACCGCGGCGUACAGCAUCAAGGUGAAGCCGCCGCUGCCGCCGGAGCUCUGCAAGUGGAUUGAGUACAAUGAGAUGUCCAGCAAGAACUUACGCAGCGGCUGCUGACCAUAGAGUUGACAAGAGGUGCAGCAGGAUCAGAAGCAGGCGCAGGAGCAGGAGCAGGAGCAGGAGGCAGCAUCCACUCAGUUGACAUGGAUUUAGACGAACUAGAAAUACUCUACGUUCCGCCUAAACAAUUGUUAUUGUUUUUUUUUCUCUUUGUUUUAAAUUAGUUUUUCUAUGUAAAUGUGUGCGUGUGUGUGCGUGUGUGAACUGUGUGUAAAUUGUGAACUGUUUGUUGUGAAUGUUGACUCUUUAGCUCUAAGUCGAACUCUGUGUUUGCGUCUAUGUCUGUGUUGUGUCCGUGUCCGUCUCCCCAACUGCUUGGCCUGGCCGCAGCAGCUUCGAGUCGAGCACCCACAGCUAAUAGCCCACAAUUAACUGUUAAUAUAGGGGGUUCAUAUAAAUGCUACAUAGAUGCAAGCUAA